ACGGCGUGUCGGGCGGGACGGGCGUCCGAUCCCAGCGGCUCUCGCCCACCGGCCUGGGCCUACCCCGCCCAGGAACAGAGGAGAGGCGCAGAGAGAAACAGGGAGGGGCAAAGGAGCCGCCGCCGUUGAUCCCUGCCCUUCCGAUCCGGAACCCAAGCCUCCCCGUCUACCGGAGCUCUCCGAGAUGGCGUUGAGCUCGCGGAUGCCCUCCCAGCCCGCGGCGCGGGGCCUCCUGCGCCGCACCCCGCCGCGCAUCCUCCCCGUCGAGCGCGCGCCGCGCCGCCUCGCCCUGGCCGUCCGCGCCGUCUCCGGGAGCCCCGGGCCGGGCGGAUCGCCAGUGCCCAGGCGGUCCCCGGCGCCGGCGGACGCCGCGGCCAUCGAUUUCCUCACCCUGUGCCAUCGCCUUAAGACCACUAAAAGGAAAGGAUGGAUAAAUCAUAGCAUCAAGGGCCCUGAGUCUAUUGCUGAUCACAUGUACCGUAUGGCCUUAAUGGCUCUGAUUGCUGGUGACCUUCCUGCUGUGGAUCGUGAAAGGUGCAUCAAAAUUGCUAUUGUGCAUGACAUUGCUGAAGCUAUUGUUGGUGACAUUACCCCAUCAGAUGGUAUACCUAAGGCUGAAAAAAGCCGGCGUGAACAAGCAGCUCUAGAUGAAAUGUGUGAAGUUCUUGGUGGUGGUCCAAUAGCUGAUGAGAUUAAGGGGCUGUGGGAAGAAUAUGAAAACAAUUCUUCUAUUGAAGCCAAUCUUGUAAAAGAUUUCGAUAAAGUGGAAAUGAUUCUUCAAGCAUUGGAAUAUGAGAAAGAACAUGGCAAAGUGCUAGAUGAGUUCUUUCUCUCCACUGCUGGCAAGUUCCAGACAGAGAUCGGUAAGAGCUGGGCUGCUGAAGUGAACGCGAGGAGAAAGGAGGGAUGCAAAAAGCAGAAGUAGGAGCAUGGCAGUCGCUUUCCUAAGUCCUGAGCCAACUUCAACAGUGGCACUUAACUGAUUACCAUGGCAGUCCAGCUUUAGUAAGGAAUAACGGGAGGGGUAUGGAGAAAAAUCCAUCGAUGUUAGUUUGGUUAGAGCUGAAGCCUGAAAGGUUUAAAAUUGCAAGACUUGCGGUAGGGCUACUAAACACUGUAAUGUUUCAUUCUAGCUUGGAUCCAACGAGGGAUAAGAUACAUUUUUUGGUUAGCUCAGGGAAUAAUGAAAAUGUGAUGUGUUUGCCGCUUUCC